GCCUUUCCCAUGCACGGAUAAAUAGUUACAAGUGAAACAAAGGCGUCGACAUUCGAAUGAGACAGACUCGAGAUGCGAGGACGGUAAGAGAGUGCUCCGCCCUAUUUUGAGGCCUUGUUGCAGGAGCUUGACACACAAAGCGGAGUGUUGUGGGCAGAAGAGAGAGGAGGGAUGCGAGGCUGAAGGUGGUACAAUGUACGGUUCAGUGCUGGAAUGCGUGGCAGAGUGAACAACAAAUAGCUGGACUCUAUCCACAGCUAUCCAACUCGACGUCCAGCGUCAAAACCGUUUUGCAUUUCUUUAAAAAACAACAAAAAAACGACCCCAAACGCAUUCUGCCGCCGGAAUGAGGGUGGGGGCGGAUGUGGUCUACGAUGGCCACGACUAUGGCAAUGAUGAUGCCAUGGGCAGUCCGCUGGAUUGGCCAUUUCUGAUAAAGGGCAUCUUGGAGAACCAGACAUGCACCCCAACCGCACCGGAUACCCUGGCCGCCAUACUAUGGGCCAUUUUCGCCGUAUUCGGUAUCGUGUACGCCCUGCUCGGCUACCGCUGCCUUCGAGCCGUGGGCUUUCUGAGCGGACUAAUGGUGGGCGCCAAUGGGAUAUUUAUACUGCAGGACUUCCAGAUCACAUUCCUGGGCAAGCCGGCGGACUCGGCUUUGGCCAUUGUGGCCGGACUGCUGGGCGCCGUGCUCGGCUCCACAUAUCCAGUUGCCUCGGUGCUGAUCAGUGCUUUUGCCGGAGCCCUGCUGUCCGGUGCCGCAAUGGCCGUUUGUGUGGCCACAAUGCCGGACAACGAAUUUGGGUACCGUGAAAUAUAUGUGGCCGUGGUGGGUGGUGCCGUUAUAUGCUCGGUGCUCACCCUGUGCUGUGUCAAAUACGUGACCAUACUCACCUCCAGUAUCGUGGGCACGGCCAUGAUCAUCGGAGCCAUCGAUUUCUUCAUGCACGGCCUGGAGACGAUCAACUGGAUACUUAAUAUGAGGCCGCAUCCGUUGCCGCCUCCGUGCUAUGGCGGCCUCCUGAUAGCCGCCUGGCCCGUGACCAUUGUGCUCAGCAUUAUGGUGCAGUGCUUCAUAACCGCCUGGCGGGUGGAUCAUCGCAAGCGUGUCUACAUGCGGCACCAUAACCAUCCCAAUCAUCCCCAUGCCACGCACUUGCCGCACAGCCAGCAGCAGGCUGGACCGGGCCACGCCCAUGCACCCGUAAGACGCUCACAAUCGCGCACACGCGAGACCCGCGAGGAGGCCAGACAGCGCAAAUUCCGCUACCUGUACCAGGUGCGAACGGCACGGGGCGACAUCAUAUCACAGAACUUUGUGUCGGCCCUGCAGAAGCGUAUCCAACUAAGUGGCACAGAGACGCCAUCGGAGAGGUCGAUCAAGACCAGCUCGAACGAGCGGAACACUUUCAGAAGCGACCGCACCCACUUUACCACCAUCCACGAUCCGGACUCGGAGCUGUGCGACAAGAUUGAAAUUGUGCGUGACAUUGGAUAACAAACAAGCAAUAGCUACAUGUAGCUAUACCCGUAAGGGGGGACUACGGGACUGUGGUACUCUGAAAAGGCUUGGACACGGGUCGGGGGAUUAAUCGCAU